GCGUGCGCGGGGUUCUGCAGCCCGAGGGCGAGCUUGCGCGUCCCGUCAGCGAUGCAGCGCUCCUUGCUUGCUUCGUGAGCCGCCACUCAGGCCGCUGUUGCGGAAAUCUGCGUCCGCUCUUAAAGGCCGCAGCUCCGUCCGGGGCGACCUUGGUGACCGGUUGGCACCCUCUCGAAAGGGCAGUUUGCCGUCGCGAGUGGGGCGCACCCCUCGGUUGCAGGUUGCAGAUUUCGUUUCCCCCCCGACUUUGCAGCUACUCUUUGUCCCCAUGAGCGUCUCAGAAGCGGCUGUCCCGCGCUGACUGGAAGUGGAGGGGCGAAAACUCAAAAUCCAUUCCUCUUCCCUUGGUGAGGCUUCCAGAGGAGCGAGAACUGCGGCAUGAUCGCCCCGGCAGCUCUGUAGACACCGGCCCCUCCGUCUUCCCCUCAGCCCUGUGUCCUGUGAACGUUCUCGUGUCAAGUACCAAAAUGAGUGACCGCUAUCUAGAACAAAGGAUCAGUAUCAAAUUCUGCGUGAAAUUGAACAAGUCUGCAAGUGAGACCCAUCAUCUUUUAAAAGAAGCGUAUGGGGAUGAAGUCAUGUCAAGGGCCAGGGUUUUUGACUGGCACAAGAGGUUUAAAGAAGGGCGGGAAGAUGUUCGAGAUGAUGCUCGAAGUGGGCGUCCUGUUACCCACCGAACAGAUGAAAAUAUCCAAAAGGUCAAGGACUUGGUUUGUUCAAACAGGCGGUUAACAGUGAGGAUGAUGGCUGAAGAGUUACAUUUAGAUAAAGAGACUGUUAGACUCAUUUUGAAAGAAAACUUAAAUAUGAGGAAAGUUUCGGCAAAAGUUUUGUCAGGUGUUUUGAGGGCUGAUCCUAAACCUGGAAAACUUCACUUUCAGUCUGCUCUUUCCAAGGAAACUAGGAAACUUAGUUCCUGUGUAAGGAAAAAGGUAACAAGUUCUGAAACUUGGAGUCAUCUCCAGUGCCAGGCUGGUGGGGAAGUGCCUCUGCCUGUAUCCCACCCCAGAAUCCACUACCCUGCCAGCCAGCUUCUGCAUCCUUCAUCUUCAACAAGCCUGCCCACCAAGGCAGCUCAGGAUUGGUUCACACCUUGGUGAGACAAGUGAACCCAAAUUAGGAAGCUGCCUCACUGUUAGGUACCUGUAUGUGCUGCUCAUCUAUUUUCAGUCCUUUGUACCACUCCUUCCUAUAUGUCAUGGGCUUCCUUCUUAUUCUUUGUGGGACCACUGGACCAUCUUCCUUACUAUUCUCCGUAACUUUGAAGAACGUUUGGCUGUUGACGUCUGGUACUUGCUUGUUCUUGAUUUCUGUUGUUUGAUAAGUUUGGAUCUCUUCACUACUCAGACCUUGUUGUGGCAGUCCUGUUCCUUUGUUCUCAGCAUUCUGCCUCAGGGGAUCAUGGCUGUAUGAGGUGGGGACAGGACCUCCUGGAGUGUAUCUCUGUGCCUAAGGAGACAAUCUUCUGGGAGGACCCCAAAAGAAGGCCUGCAAUUCCAGCCUGCUUCAUGGUUAGGGCCUGAGGUGUGGCAUGGAAGGCAGUGGCAUGCUGACUAACGUAGAAAGCAAAGUUUAGGGCCGAUGCAAUCCAAUUGACUCAGUAGGACCCCCUCAGAACCCAGGGGUGGCCACCAGUAGUGAUUGCUCACAGACCUACUCCUCACUGAAGAGCUGGGCUUUUUUCAUUCUAAUUCUGUGCUUUAAGCCUCCAGUCAUUUAGGUAUCCCCUCUGCUAGAAGAGGAGGAUCUGGUCCUAGAAAAUAUAAACCAGGUACUCAGUCCCAAGUUGUGAUGUGUGGGAGGAAGAUCAGGUGACACUCGAUUCUAAAUUAAUGGAGUUGGGGCCUAUGUGCUGAUUUCCCACAUGGUGGCCCUGUUUUUAGUAACUAACACCAACAUUGUCAGGUGUUACAUGAGCACCUGUGGUUUUUAGAACAUUGCUGAGCAUUGACAAUGUGAAGUAAUGACAGAAGCUCACCAAGGGCUUUGAGACUUCAUAAAUGAGGUGAUUCUAAACUGGAUCCAAAAGGAAGAGUGAGACAAGGGACUAAGAAAUUAGGGAAAGCUUCCCAGGCAGGUGGAACAGCAUGGAGGUGGCACUACUGGCUGAAAUAGCAAAGUUGAAAGAGGAGGAUAAUGGUGUUGCCGAAGAUGAACGACUUGGGAUAAGUUUCUUCCUCUUCUCUGCUCCCAAUUAUAUGCCAAUAGUUUGUGUAUUGCUUCCCCUGAGUCUGCGUGUAGGUUUAUAAUAAUCCUCUUAUUUGAAUAUCUAAUUUUCCCAUAAAACCUCCCAAAAAGCAGUUUCUACAAGUUCACUCUCCUUUAUCUCUUCCUUUCUGUCAGGAUUUAUGGACUAGAACUUUUCCAAGAAGGUUCCAAGUAAUACCACUGACUAGAAACAUCUCAGAAUGCCUGGAAGGAGUAUAAGGGGAGUGGGAGCUGGAUAAUAGCAUUUAACAGGAUUAGUCAAUGCCUGCAUUUUACCUAAGGAUUUUCUCAUGGAACAGCUCCUAUCAUUUAGCUAGUAAGGAAGUAAACAAUACUGGUUAAUAGUAGAGGCCCAAUAUUUAUUCAACACAAUGACUUUUAGUUCUGUUCCUUCACUCUCUAUACCCCCUUCAGUAAAUUACAUGUUCCUCACUUAUACCUCUCGGUUCUGAGGCACAAAUAAAAAUUACUAUUCAAGAAAACUCUUAAACUAAGCAAUAGCUAACAGACUUCUACCUACUUAGCAAUUUCCAAGCAUUCCAUUUCAGGACCAUUCUGUCUUCUUAUACUAUAUGAGGUGCUGGCUUUCCCAUAAGCACUUGCCACCAGGGACAAGGUGCUUCUGGAACAAGUUCCCCACUGCUGACUAUUGCAACAUUGCGGCUGAACCUCAUAGUAAUCCUUACUCAGGCCCAGUAGUAAUUGCUAUAUAAUUCUGGACCAGACCCAUGCCAGUAUCCUACCUAUAGGCCUCUUUUCCAACCCAUUACAAAACAGGUCCUGAGAGGACUUAGUUCUGCAUUUACUCCUGUCAUACACAGGGCUUGAGGGACCCUGCCAAAGAUGUCAAAGCCUAUGAUGGAGUGUAGGGUACCAGACAGGGCUAACACAGAGCAACAGGAAGCAGGUGAUAAGGAGUGAAUUCAAAUCACUCUUAAGUAGCUAGAAUGAAAAGGACUUGAUAGGCUAUCUUAGAUCUUAGAUUUACUAUCUUACUACUCAGUUAGGCAGGUUGAACUGCUACCUGAACUCAUGGCCCAUUUGUAAGGUGUCUCAGAAAAUAUUCAAUGACAUUAUAAUAAACGCUCAGAUUUUGGGCAGGCGAGCCAACCGUUCGUACGUGGCUGCUCCAAAUCACCAAACCCUGGGCUAGAGCAGACAGAAGAGCUCUCACAGAACAGUACCACUUAUAUACCCACCCACCAAAUCUGUUUUUGUUUUUUUUUUAACUGAUUCAAAUUUUGCCUAGACCUGCAUGUUACAGCCUGAGCGGCUUGAGCUCCUGACAGUAUGGUCUAAGGGAUCCACCCAUGCAUCCUGCGGCAGACUUUUGUGCUUGCCUUUUGUCAGGCUCCUCCCAGUUUAUUCUCUGUUUGCUCUUGUUCCUCUGGUGCUUUGUUUUCUGGGUCUGGACCACACCUUCCUCCACUAGCUACUUUUAGCCACUUCGGUGUUUUUCCACUUGUAAUAUCUUUCUCCCUGAUGUUUAGAUCCCUGUUCCAGCUCUGCCCUUCAACCCCAAUCUUAAGGAAGUUGUCUUCUCUAGCUCUGCCUUCCUAUUAAGAAAUAGAGCAGAGUGACGUGGGGCAAUGCUUGCUUGGUUUGGUUUAGAAAGGGCAAUACAGGAAGGGAAAAAAACUCCUGCUCUUGGCUACCCUGGGUUCCCUUUCCCAGAGGCGAUCAGUGUUGGCAAUUCUCAAGGAGUGGUUUGUUAAUCUCUGGUCCUCAGGAGUCAUGAAAGUUUUUCAGAGAUUCAGGUGUCCACCUCUAUCCAAAAGUGGUAGGUUAUUUUUUAGGUCUGACAACUCUCAAAAAAUUAUUCGGUAUCAAUUAAUGGUAACAGUAUAACAGUAUUGGGGAAAAUAUGUGCCUAGAGCUGCUUUCCAAGCCAUCUUUUCAGAUCUGUUUCUUGCUUAGAGUUCAAAGUUGCCAUUACAUCCACCUGGAUAAAUGUGGAUGCUAAUGACUUGAGGACAUCUAGUAAAGGAACCAUCUGUCACAGCGUCACAUACACUGCUCAGGUACCAAGUCUCAGUAGGCUCCUUGUGAUUGGGUCUCCCCCCGGGGUCCUCUGUGGCUCAAUUAGUAAAAACUUGUCUUUGCUGCCAGGACUGUCUAUGUAACCCCGUGUCCUCUAACUGCUUCUUACUUGCAUCAGACCGCCCAGAUUUUACCAGGCUCUUACAUACUAUCUGAGAUACUUCCCAUGUGUUUAUCUUCUCCAGCCUCUGCCUAUCAGGUCCUUGCAUAACACUGUCUCUGAUGCAUUCCCCUUUUCCUGGUAUUAAUAUCCAGAAGCAAAAAUUCUAUAGUGGGAAACCAGUACCUCUAAGGACUCACUUAGGCGUAGUGAAUGGCUCAGCAACUUUUUCUAUAACGGAAAUGUCUUGGGCUAUGUGGGCCAUACAGUCUCUGUUGCAACUCUUCAAUUUUUUUUUUUUUGCAGACCUAGCUCAUAAGGAAACAGAUGAGCUUGACUGUGCCCCUAAUAAAACUUAUUUAUAGAUUCUGGAAUUUGAAUUUCAUAUAAUUGUCACAUGUCACAAAAUAUUUUUAUGUUUUUUCAACCAUUUGCAAAAUGUGAAAAACUGUUCUUACACAUCUUAGCUUAUACACCGUGGAAAACCAGAUGGUGGGCUAGGUUUGGUCUAUGGACCAUAGUUUGCCAGCCCCUGUUCUAUUGUACAUAAAGAGUGCAUAUAAAAUGACAGAUAAUUGAUCUUUUUCCAUCAAUAACAUUGUUAAUGCCAAGUAGAUCUGGCAGUGCCUGACAAUUUACUAUGUAGAAGUUGUGAAAUAUUGAAGGGAAUUUUUUGGUGCCAGAGCUGAAUGAUUGACUAUUUUACCCUGAUAUAUUCUGGUUCAUAAAAUGAAUUUUGUGCUGUUUUUGACAAAAAAUGAUAUUACAUAAUCUGCUACCUAGUAUAUGCCCUUGUAAUAGCUCAAAAACAAUUUUGAAAAUACUGCAAAGGGUACCAAGUUGCAACCAGCAGUAAUAGAAUGAAUGAAGGUGGUUCCAAAAUUGCCUUGAUCUUAGGCAGCAUUUGAAUAAGUCCGUAAUCACCUAUGAAAAUGACUGCUAUGGGGGUGACGAAAUUCAUUGAAUUAUACUAUAUAUUAUACUGUAAGUAUAUGUAAUACUAUAUAUAUUUGCAGCUUGUGCCAAGUUAUGCCCUUUUAAGUGUAUUUACUUGUUUUUCCCCUAAAAAGCCAUAUUGUGUCACCUUUAUUUAAACUGAUAUUCCUUAAGUGAAAUAGAAUCUCUGGAUUGAACAGACCUUUAGUAGAGUAUUUAAUCCAGCCAGUUACUUUUCCCUUGAAUCCAGGAGUGACUGAAUCCUACAGCUGCUGAAAAACUUGCAUCUUGAAAGAAGCUGUGUUGAUUUAACAAAUUUUUAUUGAGUGACUGUAUGUACCAGGCACUGUCCCAUAUGCUGAGGCACAGCAAUGGACAAAACAGGCAGUGGUCUUAGAUUUGACAGUCCGAAAUCUAAUUAUAUUACUCUUCACUCUUGCUCACACUAACUCAUUGUUAAUUGCUUACCUGGAGUUGGUGUGACCUUUCCCAUAGGCCCCUGUGCUUGGUCAUGAUCCCUCUCCAACUGCAUUAAUAAUUUGAGGACUGUAUGUUCCAUUUACAUUUUAUUAUGCUUUAGACAGAUCUGUGUUGGUAGAAAAACACACUGGCAAUGUUGGAAGUGUAAAUUGGCAACAGCUUUCUGAAAAGCAAUUUGGCAAUAUCUAUCAGGAGCUUUAAAAAUGUUUAUAUCUUCUGAUCCUCUAAUUCCACUUCUGGGAAUCUGUCCUAAAGAAAUAAUCUAAAAUGUGGGCAAUUUAUGCUUAACAAUCCAGCAGUCCAACAGUAGAAAAUUGGUCAAAUAAAUUAAGUAUGAUUAUACAAUAGACUACACAGCCAUUAUAAUUAACGUUUGUAAAGAGUUAAAACAGCAUGGCAAGAUGUUUGUGAUGUUAAAUGAAAGCAGUGAUAUGCAAAAUGGUGUAUAUAAUUCAGAAAUGUUUUUAAAAUGACUAGAAAGAUACACUAACUGGGUAGUUAGAGUAUAAGGGUGGUUUUUUUUUUUUUUAAUAUUUCUGUUUCUUUCAAAAAAUACUCCUCCAAAAUAUUAAUUGUAAAAAUAAAACAACACAAAAAUUGGCAAGACAGGUGGAACAUGGAGACUAUAUGAUAAGUGUUGGUGACAGGAAUGCGACAAGGGAAUAGGGGCCUGCCCGAGAGGACAGGGUAUGCGACCAGAGUAGACUCCACAAGUGGCAUGUCCCUGAGAUGUAACCCGAGGUAGGUGGAGCACGUGUGGGUCAAGUGUGUUCUGACAAAUGGGAAAGGAUAUGAAAUACUCUUUUGGGUAAAAUUAACCUUUGGAUUUCAUUCUUACAUUUUCUCAUACAAAAGGAAUAUUCUCAAAAUGGAUUUUAUUACAGCGGCUCUCAGAAGAAUCCUUGAGCUUUCCAUAUAAUUUCUUUAGGAUAAGAAGGGCUUUCUAUGUGCCAAGUCUACCUCCUCGCAUACUGGGACUCUCAAGCAACACAGAUAUACAUGGGGAUAUUUGGUAUUCUGCUUGAGAAUACCGCGUGCGUAUCAUUAGUCAUCUUAAUGUUGUAAUUUAACUCUAGGCUUUGCAAAUGUUAUUUUGUUGGCACCCAGAAUUGCUGUACUUUUUAUUUAUUUCUGAAGAGUAAUCAUGUUAUAGAAUUUGAAAGUGUGAAAUGAUGUAGAUAAUGUAUAUCCGGAGAUGAAAUUGUGCUGGGAAAAUGUGUACUUCAUUGUUGCUUUGGUAAAAUGUUUAUUAAAAUGCCAAAUAGAGCCACUUGGUAAAAUUUCAGACUUUCAAAUGAGCACACAACAUAAAUACAUGUUCUGUAGGCGUGUAGAUUGUAGAUUUGUCAAACUGGAAGAGUUCUUCAAGCUCUAGAUCUAAGACUAAGUCUCUUGGUCUAUAGAAAGAACCGAAAAAAUGAAACUUGAGUUUUAGUUCUGCUCCAUAACGAUCCAUGCAGCUUUGCGUAGUUCGUUUGUGCCCUCUGAGCCCUUUGGUUUUCUCACCUCUAAAAGUUGAAUAAUAAUUCCUAUCUCAUGGAGUUGUUUUCCUCAUUCAACAAAUAUUUAUCGAGCGCUUAUGUGCAUGUGAAAUUGUCCCAGGGAAUGAGGAUAUAGCGGUGAACAAAACAAAAAAAAUGUUCCUACACAUGGCAAACCUUUAAGUGUGGGAGACAGACAAGAAAUUGGAAAAAUGGGUAAAAAUACAGUAUGUCAGAUAGUGAUUAUUAGAUGUGAGGAUUACAUUAAACAAUGUGUGUGAGCUGGCAGCACAAGACCGGGCAGAGAGUAAGUACCAAAUAGAUGGUGAUUCCCUUUGCUUCUUUAGUCUUCCUAAUAGCUCCUGAAUGACUACAAAAUAGUAGUAAUUGGCAAAAAGCCUGACCCAUUGCAUUCUAUGUCUGGCCAGUUAAGGAGGCCUAAACUUGUUUUUGCUAUAAGAGUACAAAAGAAUUCUUACAGUUGGGUUUUGUACUCCCUGCAUGGCAGAUAAAUGAUGGUAGUAACAGCAUAAACACUUGAUGGCCUUUUUCUGAAGCCAGUUGGUCAGGGAUCCUUGCCUCGGACUAGGUGGCAGGUAUUAGGUCCACAAAGACAAAUGCCUGGUAUCAUUGCUAUUUGAGCAAAAGAGGCUAGGAGACUGUAAUGAUUGUUUCUUAAAGAAAGGAUGGGUUUCCUAUGUCCUAUUCCAAAUAUUGCAGAACUGGGCAAAGUUUGCAUUAUUUAUGGGACAUCAGAACAUUGACAAAAAGCCAAGAAAGGGAGUUUUGAAAGCUGGUGGAGUUUUGUUUUGUUUGCCCAUCAGAAAAAUGUGGAAGUUCAGAAAUAUUUUAAAAAGCAGCCAGAGGUUGAACCUUAUGGUUCAGUUAUUUCCCCACACCCAUCUCUGCCUCAGUGUGCCCUUUCAAAAACAUCAAGUGAAUGGUCAUACACCGAAUUCCCUCAGACCUGGGCCUGGGCACAGAGGGCGCAGCACUGUGGGUUAGGGAAGGAACCAUCAGUAGAAAGACCACCAAGAAUGGGCUUCUACCAUCAACAUUCUUUCCCCCAAGACAGUUCUAGGGAACAAGCUUUUAUAAAGAAUUUGGAAAUUAAAAAAGUCUGAAUCAUCACCGUUAGGGUGGUUGUGAGAAUGAGAAAGUAGAAUAUAAAGAGGCAGGACACAACAGUGGUAAGGGGCCUGCUAGCUGUACCACCCUGGCUUCUCUUAUAUUAAAGGGCUCCAAGCUCUGUCCACAAGGAUUUCCUCCGCAGCAGUACCUCUCAGAAGAAACUGGACAUUGGACUGUGGCCCAACACCCUUGCUCUAAAAACCUAAUAAGUGAAAAUUCAGAAUUACAACCCAGAUUAGAUGAAAAAAUUGGUCCAGGGAGUCUCAGUGACUUUUCUUGAAUCACACAUCCCGUUGAUGGCAAGAGGCAGGAUAAUAAUGAAGGACCUUGAAUUUCACUCCGUCCCAGGAGUUUUUUUCCCAUUAUGCUGUUGGUAAUAAUUUCCUAAAGCAUACAUCCUUAACAUAUUGUUGAAGUAGCAGGCACCCUUACAUUUGAUAAGUAUGAUUUACCAGCAGUUGAUUUACAUGUAAUUUUUAGGAAACAUAUUUAUGGCAUAGAAGGUGGUGCAAAAGUUUUUCCAUUUCCCUGCGGUGUCCAGGCCUCUGGUCCUUCCAGAUGUGUUUUUCAUAAGAAUAAGUUGGCACUUUGUCAUUCCUUUUUUCCAGAUGUUCUUCCCAAGUAGUGUGUUAUGUUUUGUGUUUUUAAUAUUUCUCAUACAUCUUAAAAGUCUGGGCACAUAAAUCCUAAUAAAGUUCUCAACUAUCUCCUCUAUGCUGUCUCAAAUUUCUGGGUGUGUUUGUAUUUGUGACACAGUGUCUGAAGGCAUGAAUGCUAUCACAUCAUUAAGGCUUAUAUUCCUAAACCC